AGAAAGGCGGUCCAAGACUAAGACACUUCCACUGAGUCUUCGAACUUGUUAAGAUCUCUGAGAUUAGCCUGAAAAUGUUCAAGUUUUUCGUUAUAGUUGCUUCUGCUGUUGCCCUAUCUUCUGCUGGUUUCGCAAGGCAUGAGCAAGAAAACGUAGUUCAUGAACCACAAUCUUCAGGCAGCUACAGCUUUAGUUCCUUCAAGGCAGAUUUUGGCGGUCAUGGAAGUGGAAAAGGGAGCUCUGGAGCGGAACUUUCUAGUUUGGCCCACAGUUCAGCAAUCCAAGCCAACAAUGCUGUCCAAAACCAACACACCGCUGGAAGUCAAGCAGCAUUCGGAGUCAAGAGUAAUUUAGCCAGUGUUGCUUUCGGAGCCGCUCAAGCAGCCCAGGCAGCCCUAGUUGGAAAACAAGCUCUUGUAGGAAACCUCAAAUCACAACUUACCGAAGCCCAAAACCAAGUCCAAAUCGAAAUCGCUCAGUACCAACAGACCCAAAACGCGGCUCAAGCUGCAGAGGAAGCUGCUGCCCAAGCACAAGCUCAAGUCAACACUCUUUCUGCUGCCCUCGCUGCUGCGCAAGGUGGAAGCCAGCACGCUUCUCAAGCUGCAGCUGAAGCGGCCAACUCGGCCGCCGCUCAGCACGCCAUGAUCACCGAAGCUAAGCAACGCGUUAACCAAAUCCUGUCCCAGUUACAAAGCGCAUCGGAAGAUUUGAAGGAGACCGAGGUAUCUGCUCAGAGAGCAGCUGAAUCUGCACAAAUUGCUCAGUCGAACGCUGCUCAUGCUGGAGCAGCCAUAUCGUCUGGUGGGUCCAAAGGAGGAUAUGGUCAUGGACACUGGUACUGAUCAACCAAAAUUUUUAUACUUAGAAAUAAAUAUUUUGUGAUAUA